AUGUCCGACGCCAAUCAGCAAAAGCCCGAGGAAUCACUGUUCGGUACCACCCAGGAGGUCGACCAGGUGACCAUGGAAGAUGCCAUGGGAAUUCUGAAGAAUCUGCGCAAAGCUAUCAACCGCAUUUGUGACGAGAUCGAGAUGCUGGCAAGGAUUGCUCCACACAACGGCAGCCUCCCAGCUAUCAUCGCUCAGGCUGCUGUUGCUGACGACCGUGUUAUUUUCUUCAUGCGGCUCAGAGCCGAUGUCUGGUCCGACUACAACAGACUUUCCGGCCUACUUACCGCAGCUAUCAGGCUUCGAAACGACCUUAUCAGCGGAAUGUCCUAG